AUGGAGUUAGAUGAUUUACAGGAAAUGUUAGAAACACAGUCAGUGUAUGCGGAUUCAUAUAUCAACGAACCACCAGAUUCCCAUAUCAAUGAACCACCAGAUUCCUAUAUCAACGAACCACCAGAUUCAUAUAUCAAUGAACCACCAGAUUCCUAUAUCAACGAACCACCAGAUUCAUAUAUCAAUGAACCACCAGAUUCAUAUAUCAACGAACCACCAGAUUCCUAUAUCAAUGAACCACCAGAUUCAUAUAUCAACGAACCACCAGAUUCCUAUAUCAAUGAACCACCAAAUUCCUAUAUCAAUGAAACACCAGUUUCCUAUAUCAACGAACCACCAGAUUCCCAUAUCAAUGAACCACCAGAUUCCUAUAUCAACGAACCAUCAGAUUCAUAUAUCAAUGAACCACCAGAUUCCUAUAUCAACGAACCACCAGAUUCCCAUAUCAAUGAACCACCAGAUUCCCAUAUCAAUGAACCACCAGAUUCCUAUAUCAACGAACCACCAGAUUCAUAUAUCAAUGAACCACCAGAUUCCUAUAUUAACGAACCACCAGAUUCCUAUAUCAAGGAACCACCAGAUUCCUAUAUCAAUGAACCAUCCAGAUUCCUAUAUCAACGAACCACCAGAUUCCUAUAUCAAUGA